GGACGUUAAAGUAAGAUCACCACAAGCAAUUAUCACCACACACACACACACACACACACACACACACAGAGAGAGAGAGAGAGAGAGAGAGAGAGAGAGAGAGAGAGAGAGAGAGAGAGAGAGAGAUGGAAUGGAAGAAGUGCUAUUUAGACGUGAUACUGGUGCCCUUAGGGUUCGCGGUGAUGUUGGGUUACCAUGUGUGGUUAUGGCAUAUGGUUCGAACCCAACCGCUCACAACAAUAAUCGGAACUAAUGCCACCGGCCGCAGGUUAUGGGUCUCUGCAAUCAUGAAGGACAAUGAUAAGAAAAACAUCUUAGCCGUCCAGACGCUCCGGAACACGAUUAUGGGAUCGACGCUGAUGGCCACGACAUCGAUCCUUCUGUCCUCAGGCCUAGCCGCCGUCAUAAGCAGCACAUACAGCGUGAAAAAGCCGAUCAACGACGCGGUCUACGGGGCCCACGGAGAGUUCAUGGUGGCUUUGAAAUACGUGACACUCCUCCUCAUCUUCAUCUUCUCGUUCAUCUGCCACUCCCUCUCAAUUAGGUUCGUGAACCAAGUCAACUUCCUCAUCAAUUGCCCGCAAGGCCUGCCGGCGUGCAACGACAUGAUAACCCCGGAAUACAUAUCGGAUCUGCUGGAGAAAAGCUUUACCCUCAACACUGUGGGGAACAGGCUCUUCUACUCGGCACUCCCCUUUGUGCUUUGGAUUUUCGGACCCGUCCUUGUUUUCUUGUGUUCUCUCACUUUGGUCCCUGUCCUUUACAACCUAGACAUUGUGUUUCCGAAAGAAAAGGGAGACAGUGAUACAGACUUUGGAACUUCUGUUGUGUAAAGGAUGUCACUAGCUAAUAGUAUUCUCAAUUAUGUAAUGAUUUGGUUGGUUGUUAUCGAUGAACUAGUUUCCGGCA